AUGCGCUUCCUUAACCUAUUCGCGGCGCUGAGUCUGUCUGGAGCGACUGCUCUCGCCUCUGGCGGCGACGAGCUUUCGGAUGUUCAGGCCCAGGCUAUCGAGGCUCUUCAAGCGGCGGAGGGAAACGGUACUUUUGGCAAGAGGGACUCAUGCAAUCUCUUCAACGCGCGUGUUCGAAGAGACUGGAACUCGCUCUCUGGGUCCGAAAAGAAAGCUUACACCAGCGCCGUCAACUGUCUAUUGACGAAGCCUUCCAAGCUUACCGAUUUUGCCGCUGGCGCUCGCAGCCGCUAUGACGACUUCGUUGCCGUUCAUAUUAACCAGACCUUGAGCAUCCACGGAACCGGCAACUUCCUCACGUGGCAUCGUUACUUCACGUGGGCUUACGAGAAUGCUCUGAGGCAGGAAUGUGGUUACAACGGGUAUCAGCCGUACUGGAACUGGCUUUCAUACCGAGACGAUCCUUCUAAGGCGCCCAUGUUUGAUGGCAGUGAGACCAGCUUGAGUGGCAAUGGUGCCUACAAAUAUCACAACGGCAGCACGUCGGGUGGUGGUGUUUAUAUCCCCUCUGGAGAAGGAGGUGGCUGUGUCACAAGCGGUCCCUUCGCCAACAUGACCGUUCAUCUUGGCCCUGUCUCACCUGGUAUCGAUGGCCUCGCUGUCAACCCUGGCGGCCCUCUUGCCUAUAAUCCCCGUUGUCUAUCCAGAGACAUCAGCGCUUGGACGUCACAGCAUUGGAUGACUCCUGAGAAUGUGCUGAAUCUCACUGUGGGUGCUGCAGCAGAAAAUGUCUUGACCUUCCAGAACGAACUUCAGGGCCGCUUUGGUGAUGGAUUUCUGGGCACCCACACGUCCGGACACUUCAUUGUCAACGGUGAGGCUUCCGACCUGUUCUCGUCCACCAAUGACCCGACCUUCUUUCUGCACCACGCGAUGGUCGACCGAAUCUACUGGCUAUGGCAGGCGCUUCAUCUUGGGGAGGCUUUCAACAUUGCCGGAACAAUCACGAUUCUAAACACUCCUCCCAGCCGCGACGCACGCCUUGACGAUCUAGUAAUCCAGGAACCAAAUGCACCCAACAGGCCUAUCAGUGAUUUGCUCAAUACACUAGGAGGCAGUCCUUUCUGCUACAUAUAUCUCUAG